AUGCCUCAGUAUGGAGCAAAGACCUGGACGGUAUACACAAAGCAGGCACGCCGAAUCAUCCUCGGUUGUCUUCUUCGUAUACUGAAGCUGAGUUGGCAGGACCGAAUCCCAGACACUGACGUACUGGAGCGGACGGGAUUCCUCAGCGCCUACAUCAUGUUGAGUCAACUGCAACUGCGCUGGAGCGGCCAUCUCAUGCGGAUGGACAACGAACGGCUACCCAAACGACUCUUCUAUGUAGACGUCGUUACAAGCUUCCGCCGCCAAAGAGGCCAAAUCCCUCGAUACAAGGAUACUCCGAAGUCCUCCCUGGAGUGUCUGCAGUUCAACUAG